AUGAAGCGGCAGAACGUGCGGACGCUGGCGCUGAUCGUCUGCACCUUCAGCUACCUGCUGGUGGGCGCCGCCGUCUUCGACGCGCUCGAGUCCGAGGCGGAGACGGCGGAGAGGCGGCGGCUGGAGGCCAAGAGCGACGAGCUCAAGAAAAAGUACAACCUGAGCGCCGAGAGCUACGGCGAGCUCGAGCGGGUCGUGCUCAAGCUCAAGCCGCACAAGGCCGGCGUCCAGUGGAAAUUCGCCGGCUCCUUCUACUUCGCCAUCACCGUCAUCACCACCAUAGGCUACGGGCACGCGGCGCCCAGCACGGACGGCGGGAAGGUUUUCUGCAUGCUCUACGCGCUGCUGGGCAUCCCGCUGACGCUGGUGAUGUUCCAGAGCCUGGGCGAGCGCAUCAACACCCUGGUGCGCUCGCUGCUGCGCCGCCUCAAGAAGCGCCUGGGCAUGCGGCGGCCGGAGGUGUCCAUGGCCAACAUGGUGACCAUCGGCUUCUUCUCGUGCGUCAGCACGCUCUGCAUCGGCGCCGCCGCCUUCUCGCACUACGAGAACUGGAGCUUCUUCCAGGCCUACUACUACUGCUUCAUCACGCUGACCACCAUCGGCUUCGGCGACUACGUGGCGCUGCAGAAGGACCGGGCGCUGCAGACGCAGCCGCAGUACGUGGCCUUCAGCUUCGUCUACAUCCUCACGGGGCUGACGGUCAUCGGCGCCUUCCUCAACCUGGUGGUGCUGCGCUUCAUGACCAUGAACGCCGAGGACGAGCGCCGCGACGCCGAGCAGCGGGCGCUGCUCGGCCAGGGAGCUCGCUCCGGAGCCGUGGCCGCCGUCCCCGAGGCCUCCGCGGUGACCCCGGCCGAGAGCGGCUUCCGGAACGUCUACGCCGAGGUGCUGCACUUCCAGUCGGUGUGCUCGUGCCUGUGGUACAAGAGCCGCGAGAAGCUGCAGUAUUCCAUCCCCAUGAUCAUUCCCAGGGAUUUGUCCAGCUCGGACACGGGCGUGGAGCGCAGCCACUCGUCGCCCGCCCGCUGUCCCGAGACUCCGGAGCACCGGUGCUUCUGCCGCUCCCGGCGUUCCGCCAUCAGCUCCGUGUCCACCGGGCUCCAGAGCCUGGCGGUGUUCCCGGGAUUCGCCAAGCGCCGCAGCUCCGUGUAGCCCCCUCACGCCCCCCAGCCCGGAUCCCCCUCACGGAGCGGGAGGAAGCCGCUCCAGACUCGGGAAUGACGCCGGAGCGGGGCCAUCCCAGUUGGCUCCGGAAUGGAUUUUAAUUUAAAAUCUCUUGGAUUUUAAUUUCACACAAAACCCCCCCCCCACUCCUUGAAAAUGUGAAACUUGGGAGAGCGGGAGAGCCUCGGAAUCUGGCGGGAUUGGGGGGCACCUCCCACUGUGGGCAGCCAGCCCUGGCCUCUCCAUGCUCUGGAUCCUCGGGAAUUCCCCGGGAAGCGCAGAGGGACCCGACGGCCGCGGAAAUCAGGCUAAGAGGGGCUUAGCCGGAGCUUUUCCACAUCAGCCGCCCGGAAAAGCAGCCGGGAGUCACGUAGGCUGCUCCAAACCCUGCGAUUUGGGGCUGUCUUAACCCAAAUCCGUAGCGGGGCAGAGCUGGGAGUCCUCGGGAUUUAGCGGGAAUCAUCCGUGGGAGCCUGGUUGAUCCCACAGGAUUUCCAUGUCCCUCUGUGCCGAGGGUCUGGGGAUGGGAUUGUUCCCCUCGGGAAGGUGUUUGGGGGACAGUCUGGGAUAUUUUCCCAUGGGAUCCCCACUUCCAUCCUCCCCAGAGCUCCAGGGAUGGAAUUGUUCCCCCUGGGAAGGCAUUUUGGGGACAUUCUGGGAUAUUUUCCCAUGGGAUCCCCACUUCCAUCCUCCCCAGAGCUCCAGGGAUGGAAUUAUUUCCCUCAGAGUGGUUUUUUUAGAGAUAAUCCAGGAGAUUUUCCCUUGGGAUCUCCAUUUCCGUUCUCUCCAAAGCUCUGGGGAUAGAAUUGUUCAUCCUGGGAAGGUAUUUUGGGGGAAAUUUGUGGCAUUUUCCCAUGGGAUCUCCAUCUCCAUCCUCCCCAGAGCUCCAGGGAUGGAAUUGUUCCCCCUGGGAAGGCAUUUUGGGGGAAGUCUGGGAUAUUUUUCCAUGGGAUCUCCAUCUCCAUCCUCCUCAAGGCUCCAGGGAUGGAAUUGUUCCCCCUCAGGGAGUUUUUUUUGGGAUAUUUUCCCCUUGGAUCCCCAUCUCCACCCUCACUGAGACCCUGGGAAUGGAAUUUUUCCCUCAGGGAGGAAUUUUGGGGCCCAUUAUCCCCCGGGAUCCCCAUUCCCCUCCUCACCAGGACUCCGGGGAUGGAAUCUUUUCCCUCAGAGAGGUAUGUGGGGGAAAUCUGGGACAUUACAACACUUCUCCAUCCUUUCCUCCACACCCCUUCCCACCACCACGCUCACCCCGGGACACUCCCGGAAUUCCCGGGGAUACCCCAGGGGUCACCUCUGUCACCACCACCCCAGCAGGGAAGGAAAGUUUCCCUCCUUUCCCAUUCCCACCUUUCCAGGAUGGGAUUUUCCCUUCUCAGCACCCAAAGCCCCCUCCAGGGGACACGGAGGGGACCCUCCUGGGGG